GUCCAGGCUUAAAUUGAGGUAACGCUGUUAAAUUCGACAUAAAGUUAUAGUGUAGACCAGGCCUCAGAUCUGCUCCCACCUAUUUGGCAAUCAUUUGCUUUACCGACCAAAUCAAUGGUUAGGUCAUACUGAGACCGCUGCUUUCCAUGCUGACCCAUAUUGUCUCAUUGUUUCCUUGUACUGUCUGUCUGUAUCCACCUGUUGUCUCUUGUCUUAUACUUGGAUUGUAAGCUCUCUGUGGCAGGGACUCUUUCUGUUCUGUGUUUGUGCACUACCCUAGCACAACAUGGUCAGCUCAUAGGCACUAUGGCAAUACAAAUUAGUGUUAGCACCGAGGAGCCGAUGUAGCUACGCUGCCUUGCCAAUGAGGCAAGUAGCAGAAAACAGAGCCCAGCUGCUUUUUGUGGCAAUGGUAUUUGAAAAGUGGCAGUUAUAGUACAUGAUCCCAUAACUUCAAGAUUUCCCCAAGGUAUAGCAAUACUUUUAGACAUUAGUCUUGUUCUCUUGACACCUACAGGUAAAAAAAGCCACCUUAACAAAAUAAUGCUGAAAAUCAAUAGAAGUGUUCCAUAUUUCUGGGAAAUAGUCAUGUUCCAUGCUGAUUGAAACAGAAUUCUGUGAAUAUGAAAGAGAAAGAAAAGCCAUCUCUUAGAGCAAAAGGAGGCUCUUGCAGGAAAGUGGGGCAGGCGUGAAUUCUCCAUCAUACCCCAGGAAAGAGCUUCCUCUAGUGGAGAGCUGAAAUAGAUCUGAGACGGAUACAGAAGCACAUGAUUAACUGAACUCUCAAAGUGGAAAGAUGGAAGAAUCUUAUGCUACAACUGAUAUUUUAGCAUCUAUAUUAACAAGCUUUUGAUACCAUGAGACACCAGCAUGGGCACAGGUAAUAUCAGAGAAAGUCAGCACUCGUGCCAAAGCAAAUCUCAGUCUUCAACAGAUGAACUACGUCCCUUCAUUGCUAACCUGGAGCUCCGACCCAAUGAACAGAUUCCCACUACCAUCUGCCUGGGUUGGUUAAUUAGCCAGCACGAGGCUCCUGCACGUGAGUCACCAACAGCAGAAUGUAUGCAUCACCACCUGACACUUCAAGCUUUAAAAUCUAAAGGAGAAAAGAACCACCCCCUCCUUCCAUCUGUGGAUCUCACCAAUACAGUGAGCCAAUCAGAAAUCACUGUAGUUAGAGCUCUCCAGGGAGAAUCCAAGUUUUCCCAAACUGUGUCACAAAACAAGAGGUCAUAUCGAUGAAUCUCCUGAAAUCAGUUUAAGUGCCCCUCAGGAAUCUUGCCUUCUCCUCAGGCAGAGCGUGGGCUGAUGCUUCUCUACUCUCCACACACCUACUUCCUGAAAUCUUGGCAAUUACCAAUAGUGCAAAACCCAGUUUCUGACGUGGCUGACUCAGCAAGGGCUUGGCAAAACAAACAUAUACGCACAAGGAAUCAGAGCCUGGGAAGCAGUGACAAGAGACAGAUGACGAGAGGUGGAAGAGAGCAGAAGAGAACGAGGCACUGUAGGAUUUACCAGCUGCUUCCAAACCAGCAGAAUCUUGCCUUGAGCUGCUGAUUGCGACACACAAGUACAUUGUCUACAGUGGUGGUCGUGGUUCUCAUUACUGAAUUCUGCUGUCUCCCCUCUGCCUGCAGAACUGAGCUGCUGCUCCACCACAGAGAGCUGUGGCUCUUUGCUGAACUCGAGACUGGAGUCCAGUGGCCUCCUACACAUUGCAGUGAACAACUCCCCUCCUUUUGCUGCCUAGCAUGGAUACUUGGCGGAGAGGAUCCAUUAAAUCCACAACGUUCUUCAAGCGUCUUUCAUUCAGGAGGCAUAAAAAGCUGGGUAAUCAAGUCAUUAUUUUGAAUCAGAACAGCCAGACACUUGAGAACAAUGGACAGUACAAGAAGGAACCACUAAGAGACCUGAAGGAUAAAUCAGAGUACCUGUUAUGUAAGAGUGAGCAAAAUCUAGCUCAGGCACAGGCACCUCCUAAGCCACCCCGGCUGUAUCUGGACAGUUCCAGCUGCCCCAACAUAAUUGACCACACAGAGUCUCACUCGACAGCCAUCUCCUUUUCCAGUGUCUCCCCUCAGUACCAUAAGGCAACGCAAACACAGGGGACUAACUCCCACGCGGUCCAGGCUACAGACUGUGGGACCUCUGAAACAGGUUCUGAUCCCUUCCUUUCCUUCAAAGUGGACUUGGGGCUAUCACUCCUUGAGGAUGUUCUGCAGACUCUCAGGAAACAGAAUCCAAGAGAUUACGCAGCUUGAAAGUGUUUAUCAUUUAAGUUAUUAAGUUAAUUAUCAGCAUUAGUAGUUUCCUUAGCCCUCACAGGAGAAGAGGAAACAUUGGAGUGUCCCUACCCUGGAGUGCCUGUCUCAUUGUCCGGUCUUGCCCACCAUAAGCUGUUCUUGUCCAGGCUCCCUUCCUAUUGAGC